CGUCGCAGACGCCUGGGGCCGAGAGGUCGCUGGGGCUGGGGGCGGGCCGGCUCGCGGGUAGUCCGCGUCCCCGCCCCGGGCCCGCCGGGUGCCGGGCCGGAUGGGCUGCACCGUGAGCCUGGUGUGCUGCGAGGCGCUCGAGCCUCUGCCCUCCUGCGGCCCGCAGCCCCCCGGGACUCCGCCGGGCCCCGCGCGGCCCGAGCGCUCUGAGCCCGGGGGUGCGGCGCCGGUCCAGAGGAGGCGGCUGCUGCUUCAGCCAGAAGACCUGGAGGCCCCCAAGACCCACCACUUCAAGGUGAAGGCCUUUAAGAAGGUGAAGCCCUGUGGCAUCUGCCGGCAGGCCAUCACUCGGGAAGGCUGUAUUUGCAAAGUCUGCAGCUUCUCCUGUCAUCGGAAAUGCCAGGCCAAGGUGGCUGCCCCUUGCGUUCCUCCAUCCAGCCAUGAACUGGUGCCCAUCACCACGGAGAGCAUACCCAAGAAUGUAGUAGAUGUGGGGGAAGGAGACUGCUGGCGUGGAAGUUCUCCGAAAAACCUGGAGGAGGGCGGCUCCAUGAGAGUUUCCCCAAGCAUACAGCCACAGCCACAGCCACAGUCACAGCCUAUCAGUCUCUCUAGAAACAUGAGUGUGACCCGAGCCAUGGAAGACAGUUGUGAGCUGGACCUGGUGUAUGUCACCGAACGCAUCAUCGCUGUGUCCUUCCCCAGCACAGCCAAUGAGGAGAACUUCCGCAGCAACCUCCGUGAAGUGGCCCAGAUGCUGAAGUCCAAGCACGGGGGCAACUACCUGUUAUUCAAUCUCUCUGAGCAGAGGCCUGACAUCACAAAGCUCCAUGCUAAGGUCCUGGAAUUCGGCUGGCCUGACCUGCACACACCAGCCCUGGAGAAGAUAUGCAGUGUCUGUAAGGCCAUGGACACCUGGCUCAACGCAGACCCCCACAAUGUCGUCGUUCUCCACAACAAGGGAAACCGAGGCAGGAUUGGGGUUGUCAUUGCAGCGUACCUGCACUACAGUAACAUUUCAGCCAGUGCUGACCAGGCUCUGGAUCGGUUUGCAAUGAAGAGAUUCUAUGAGGACAAGAUCGUGCCCAUUGGCCAGCCAUCGCAGAGGAGAUAUGUGCACUAUUUCAGCGGCCUGCUCUCUGGCUCCAUCAAAAUGAACAACAAGCCUUUGUUUCUGCAUCACGUGAUCAUGCAUGGCAUCCCCAACUUUGAGUCUAAAGGAGGGUGCCGGCCUUUUCUCCGCAUCUACCAAGCCAUGCAACCUGUGUACACGUCUGGCAUUUACAACAUCCCUGGAGACAGCCAGGCCAGCAUCUGUAUCACCAUUGAACCAGGGCUGCUCUUGAAGGGAGACAUCUUGCUGAAGUGUUAUCACAAGAACUUCCGGAGCCCAGCUCGAGACGUCAUCUUCCGAGUGCAGUUCCACACCUGUGCCAUCCAUGACUUGGGGGUUGUUUUUGGGAAGGAAGAUCUGGAUGAGGCCUUCAAAGAUGAUCGAUUUCCUGACUAUGGCAAAGUGGAGUUUGUUUUUUCCUAUGGACCAGAGAAAAUUCAAGGCAUGGAACACCUAGAGAACGGGCCCAGUGUAUCUGUAGACUAUAACACUUCCGACCCCCUCAUCCGCUGGGAUUCCUAUGAUAACUUCAACGGGCAUCGUGAGGAUGGGAUGGAAGAAGUGGUGGGACACACCCAAGGGCCGCUGGAUGGUAGCCUGUAUGCUAAAGUGAAGAAGAAGGAUUCCCUGAACGGCAGUUCAGCGCCUGUCACUACUGCACGGCCUGCCCUGUCAGCCACUCCCAACCAUGUGGAGCACACGCUGUCUGUGAGCAGUGACUCCGGCAACUCCACAGCCUCCACUAAGACAGACAAGACAGAUGAGCCAGUCCCUGGGGCUGCCACUGCCCCUGCUGCCCUGAGUCCUCAGGAGAAGAAAGAACUGGAUCGCCUACUAAGUGGCUUUGGUGUAGAUAGAGAGAAGCAAGGUGCCAUGUACCGGGCUCAGCAACUCAGAUCCCACCCAGGCGGAGGUCCGACUGUGUCCUCCCCUGGCCGCCACAUUGUCCCAGCCCAGGUUCAUGUCAACGGUGGGGCUCUGGCAUCUGAGCGGGAGACGGACAUUCUGGAUGAUGAGCUGCCCACCCAGGAUGGGCAGAGUGGAGGCAGCAUGGGAACGCUGUCUUCCCUGGAUGGGCUUACCAACACCAGCGAAGGUGGCUACCCAGAGACCCUGUCCCAACUGACCAAUGGUCUCGACAAACCCUACUCCACAGAACCUAUGCUCAAUGGUGGAGGCUACCCCUAUGAGGCUGCCAACCGGGUGCUACCUCUCCACAGUAGCCACUCGGCCCCCAUUCGACCCUCCUACUCUGCUCAGGAGGGUUUAGCUGGCUAUCAGCGUGAGGGACCCCACACAGCCUGGUCACAGCAAGUGACCAGCGCCCACUAUGGCUGUGACCCCAGUGGUCUAUUCCGAUCCCAGUCCUUUCCAGAUGUGGAGCCCCAGCUGCCCCAAGCUCCGACCCGUGGGGGCAGCAGCCGAGAGGCUGUACAGAGGGGUCUGAAUUCAUGGCAGCAGCAGCAGCCCCACCCGCCUCCCCGCCAGCAGGAGAGAUCCCCACUGCAGAGUCUUGCCCGCAGCAAGCCUAGCCCCCAGCUGUCAGCAGAGACCCCCAUACCUGCUCUCCCAGAGUUCCCAAGGGCAGCGUCCCAGCAGGAGAUCGAGCAGUCCAUUGAAGCCCUCAAUAUGUUGAUGCUGGACCUGGAGCCAGCCUCAGCGGCUGCCCCUCUUCAUAAGUCUCAGAGUGUCCCUGGGGCCUGGCCAGGGGCUUCCCCACUCUCUUCUCAGCCCCUCUUGGGGUCUUCCCGCCAGUCCCACCCACUGACCCAAUCCCGAUCUGGCUAUAUCCCCAGCGGGCAUUCCCUGGGAACCCCGGAGCUGGUUUCUUCUGGCAGGUCUUAUUCACCUUAUGAUUAUCAGCUGCAUCCAGCUGGAUCCAACCAGAGUUUCCGUCCAAAAAGUCCAGCCUCUUCCACCUUCCUUUCAAGCCCUCAAAGCUCUGUGGGGCCUCAGGAGCCCCCGGCCUCUCUUCCUGGUCUCAUCGCUCAGCCUCAGCUCCCACCAAAGGAAACUACUUCAGAUCCCUCUCGAACUCCAGAGGAAGAGCCGCUGAACCUGGAAGGGCUGGUAGCCCAUCGGGUAGCAGGGGUUCAGGCUCGGGAGAGGCAGCCUGCAGAGCCCCCAGCCCCACUCCGGAGGCGGACAGCCAGUGAUGGACAGUAUGAGAACCAGUCUCCGGAGGCCACAUCCCCCCGUAGUCCUGGGGUCCGCUCCCCCGUCCAGUGCGUCUCCCCUGAGCUGGCUCUUACCAUUGCCCUCAAUCCUGGAGGGCGCCCCAAAGAGCCUCAUUUGCAUAGCUACAAGGAGGCCUUUGAGGAGAUGGAGGGGACCUCCCCAAGCAGCCCGCCACUCAGUGUGGCACGCUCUCCUCCAGGUCUGGCCAAGACACCCCUGUCUGCUCUGGGCCUGAAACCCCACAACCCAGCGGACAUCUUGCUGCACCCUACAGGUGUUGCCAGAAGACUGAUCCAGCCAGAGGAAGAUGAGGGAGAGGAGGUGACUAAGCCUCCAGAAGAGGCCCGGAGCUAUGUGGAGUCUGUGGCGAGGACAGCAGUGGCAGGGCCUCGAGCUCAGGACGUUGAGCCGAAGAGUUUCAGUGCACCAGCUGCUCAUGCCUAUGGACACGAGACACCCCUGAGGAACGGGACCCCAGGGGGUUCCUUUGUCUCCCCCAGCCCCCUCUCCACAAGCAGCCCCAUCCUCAGUGCUGACAGCACUUCCGUGGGCAGUUUCCCAUCAGCGGGGAGCAGUGACCAGGGUCCCCGGACACCCAUCCAGCCCAUGCUGGACUCCAGCAUCCGCUCAGGCAGCUUGGGGCAGCCGAGCCCUGCAGCACUGAGUUAUCAGAGCUCCUCGCCGGUCCCUGUGGGUGGCAGCAGCUACAGCAGCCCUGACUACUCUCUUCAACCAUUCAGCUCUUCUCCAGAAAGCCAAGGCCAGCCACAGUUCAGUGCGGCCGGCGUCCACAUGGUACCUGGGAGCCCUCAGGCACGGCAUAGGACAGUGGGUACCAACACUCCACCUAGUCCUGGUUUUGGUCAGCGGGCCAUCAACCCCACCAUGGCUGCCCCUGGUAGUCCCAGUUUGAGCCACCGGCAGGUGAUGGGUCCAUCUGGUCCAGGUUUCCAUGGUAAUGUAGUUUCUGGCCACCCAGCCAGUGCAGUCACCACUCCUGGAAGCCCCAGCUUGGGCCGGCACCCAAUGGGAAGCCAUCAAGUUCCAGGCCUCCACAGCAGUGUGGUCACCACUCCUGGAAGCCCAAGCCUGGGCCGACACCCCGGGGCCCACCAAGGGAAUCUGGUCUCCAGUCUCCAUGGCAAUGCAGUUAUUAGCCCCGGGAGCCCCAACUUGGGCCGGCACCUGGGUGGGUCUGGAUCUGUGGUUCCUGGAAGCCCCAGCUUGGACCGGCAUGCAGCUUAUGGUGGCUACUCUACCCCUGAGGACCGAAGACCAACACUGUCCCGGCAAAGCAGUGCCUCUGGCUACCAGGCUCCUUCCACACCAUCAUUCCCUGUCUCUCCUGCCUACUACCCUGGCCUGAGCAGCCCUGCCACUUCACCCUCGCCAGACUCAGCUGCCUUCCGGCAGGGGAGCCCCACACCAGCCUUACCAGAGAAGCGGAGAAUGUCAGUGGGAGACCGGGCAGGCAGCCUCCCCAACUAUGCCACCAUCAAUGGGAAAGUGUCCUCCUCGCCUGUCGCCAAUGGCAUGGCCAGUCCCAGCGGGAGCAGCACCGUCUCCUUCUCUCAUACGCUUCCGGACUUUUCCAAAUACUCGAUGCCAGACAAUAGUCCAGAGACACGGGCUAAAGUGAAGUUUGUCCAGGACACUUCCAAGUAUUGGUACAAGCCUGAGAUCUCCAGAGAGCAGGCCAUCGCACUCCUGAAGGAUCAGGAGCCAGGGGCCUUCAUCAUCCGGGACAGCCACUCUUUCAGAGGGGCUUAUGGGCUGGCCAUGAAAGUGUCCUCACCCCCUCCAACCAUCUCUCAGCAGGGCAAGAAAGGAGACAUGACCCAUGAGCUGGUGAGGCACUUUCUGAUCGAGACGGGGCCAAGAGGAGUCAAACUCAAAGGCUGUCCCAAUGAGCCAAACUUUGGUUCCCUUUCUGCCCUGGUCUAUCAGCACUCCGUCAUCCCACUGGCCCUGCCCUGUAAACUGGUCAUUCCAAGCCGAGACCCCACAGAUGAAUCAAAAGAUAGCUCAGGCCCUGCCAACUCAACCACUGACCUGCUGAAGCAAGGAGCAGCUUGCAAUGUGCUCUUCAUCAACUCGGUGGAUAUGGAGUCACUCACCGGGCCGCAGGCCAUUUCCAAAGCCACAUCUGAGACUUUGGCUGCUGACCCCACACCAGCUGCCACCAUUGUUCACUUCAAGGUCUCUGCCCAAGGCAUCACACUGACUGACAAUCAAAGAAAGCUCUUCUUUAGACGACACUACCCCCUCAACACUGUCACCUUCUGUGACCUGGACCCACAAGAAAGAAAGUGGAUGAAGACAGAGGGAGGCGCCCCUGCUAAGCUCUUUGGCUUCGUGGCCCGGAAGCAGGGCAGCACCACAGACAACGCUUGCCACCUCUUCGCAGAGCUUGACCCCAACCAGCCUGCGUCUGCCAUUGUCAACUUUGUCUCCAAGGUCAUGCUGAGUGCUGGCCAGAAGAGAUGAAUGAAACCUGGAGCCCUUGCCCAAGGCUAGGGCAUUGGGGAUGGGGUUUGCGGGGAGGGGGUCUGUGAAUCCUGACCACCUUAAAUCCAGAACAAGGACUUUGGGUCGCCCGUGGAGAAGGAGAGAAGAAAGUGCAAUGCUGGGAGAAGGAAGUGAAUUGCAGAGGGGGGAGGGGAGCAGGAGGAAGAGGAAAGAAGGAAGAAGAGAGGCACUCAGAAUCCCCUGUAUAGAUGGAAGCCACCCCCCCAAAGCCUCUCCAGCUAACUGGGGGCCCUCCCCCUCUGAGAGAAUUGAGCUCCCACGGGGAACACACAGGCCUCCUUGGGGGACCAUAUUUCAUGGAGCAAUGGAAAAGCUCAUUCUCCCCAACCCUCCUGCUCUGAGAGAAGAACUCCAACUGAGGCUUCUUCUCUGGAGGUAAAAGGUCACUGGUGGCCAGAGUAUGACAUCAAGCAGGGAUGUCAUUUUUUCACAUUUUGCUCACCCGAGGCACCCACGGUCUGUGCUUGCUCUGACUCCUUGUUGCAGGGGGUAUAAGUGUGCCCCCACGCGCUGAUCGAUACCUGCCUGUGGCCACUCAGCUCAGAUUACAAACAGCUCUGCUUGUCUGUGUCCCUUGUGAUACACAUAUAUACACACUGUCCAAAGAAGGCUAGGGCUAUAGGGUGGCAGGGUCCCAGGACGGAUGACAAGCUGCCUCCUGCCGGGAGUGUAGCUUAUGGGUACAGAGUUUUCUGUGCACCUGUCCUCUAGUGACCCUGGGGAGCCCCAGCCUGCCUUCUGUAGCGACUCUGUCUGGUACAGAGGGCAUGGUCACCUGCAACAUUAUAGCUGAUCUGUCUCCUGGAGACUGAAGCUGCCUUGGAGGAAGAGGUGAUGCCCACAGUCUUGGGAAACAAACUCGUUAGGAAGGAUGGCAUCUUUUCUGCGCUGUGGGGCUCCCGGUGAGUUGGACAUGCGCAUUGUGCUGUGGGGCACACGAUGCGUUGGGCAUGCGUACUGACAAUGCCCAGGACUGCCUUACUCCCUUCCCUCAGCCCAAUUCGUGGGCCAGCACUAGCCUUGCACUUGCUCGUCUGCUUGAAGCCUACUGGGGGACGGGGGGCAGUGCCUUUCUGACCUAUCCUGUCCAUUUGGUCCUCAUGUUGGCUUAUCCCAGGAGCCUACUUCCCAAAGUCCUGCCUAAGGCACCUGGGAGAGCCCGCCCCCCAUUUUUCCUCUCUGUAAGUGUUUUGGAAUCUGACUGUUGCAGACACCCUCUGGCUGGGCUGCUCAGGGUGACAUCAGAGCACCUCUGGGAAUGCUGCUGGAGAACUGCAUGGUCCUCCCACAAUACCAAAGCUUCCCUGUUUCCCCUUCGGCCUCAGUUUCCCCAGCAGAACCAUGCUGCCUGUGGGACAGAGGACAGAAGGUAUGAAUUUAGGCCAAAGGUCCUAUGGUCCAUUUUCGGGGUUGGGAAGGCCCCUGCCACCGCUCAGGCCUCCAUUUAAGCCCAUGGGGGCCCCUAGGGGUGGCACUGUACUGAUAUAUAAAUAUAUAUAAUAUAUAAGUGAGACAUACUGAUAGAAUCUGUAAGCUAAUAAAAAAUAUAAGAAAAAGGUUAAAAAAAAAAGAAUAGGUAAAUUGACAAGAAAUAUUUAUUUGUUUUCCCCUAUUGCUUUAUUGUCCCUGGCCACAAACGUUCCCAUCUCUUCUCUAAUGUGUAAGCAGAGCCUGAACUGCAGGGGGUCUUUAUAUUCCAAACAGCCCAGGCCUAGCCUUGGCCUUAACUCUGGCCUUAGCCUCCCUAGGCUACAUCUAGGGCUUGGGGGGUGGCAUGCUCCAACUCUGGGUCCUUAUUCUCUGGUGCCAGCAUCGUGUAGCGUGGCAGCUGCUUCCAUCGCCACAGGCCUGAGCCCGUGUGUAUUUGGGGAUCUGGGUGUGUAUGGCCAUGGUGUGGCAGCUCUUGGAGUUUUUUUCUCCCCCAGGGAGCUUUGACUGUGUGGGCAUUGUUCGAGGAGCUAGAAAGAAGGUCGAGUAGAGAUCAUGGGCCCCCACUUCCCAAAGAAUAAUUGGGCUUAGUGAUCAAGCUUCUUCAAAGUAUCUUUCCUUCUGAGAUAUUCAAGGCAAGAUCUGGAUGUCCCAUUUCCUCAUCCCCCUAAUGAAUCCUAUUUCUCCCCAAGAUAGAAGGAGCCAUUUCUCAUCCUGUUCUUUGUGAAUGCCCCCACCCUAUCACAUAGUCCGGGGAGUCUUCUCCUGGCCGGAAUGUUGUUCACUUGAGCCUUUGAGAAACGUCAGAGCCUCUUUAUCCUGCCCUGGGAUCAGCCUUCAUGUACGGUUUCACUUUCCCAUGCUGCACUCAGGCCCGAGCCGUGUGUGGGAGUCAUGCGAAUGAAUGACCGAAUGACCGAAUGACCGAGGUGGGAGGUGGAUGCUAGCAGGUGGUGCCUCCUUCUCAUCAUGCCUCUAGGACGAAUGGAUGCCAGAGUUUGGCUUUUCUCAAAGAAAGGUGGAGAAAGGGCCUCAGUUCUUACAGUGGGGACCACACUGUUGUCUGCCCCCUUCCCAACUGUGAUUCUCACAGACCCGGGCUUCUGAACACUCCCACGCACACAGAGACCACAUGCACACACACAGCACUCCGUAUGCAACUCCGUAUUCUUGCCAAAGAUUUCCUUUAGAUAAGAGCACUUUUACCCAUUGCUCUUUUGUGAAUGAUCUGUUUUGUUGCUGUUUAUUGUUGAGUCUGUAUACCAACAGGGGAGAGUGUUGUCUGCUCUUAAACAGGAAUGAGAGAGGGGGAGGGGAGACAGGAGAACACGGCAGCCAGUGAAGGCCGGUGAUGUCCUUAACAAGACCCCUCAGUUGCAGCCCAGGUCCAAACUGCCUCCGGCCACUCAGAAGAUCUAAGGUUGGCCUGGGGCUUCACCGUCCCUGAUAUCUGGAGGUGAGAUGGCAGAGAGGGGCACUGAUGGAGCCUAGGGAAGUCCCCAAUGAUUCUGGGGGUGGGGAUCAGUGGGAAAGGCUGGGCUAGGACAGGAUGCACAUAGAGGGUGGGAGAAUUAGCAAUUGGAUACUGAGGUUGCUCCUGUGGACCCCCGACUCGCUUGCCCAGCCAUGUUUUAGGAAAGAAUUCACAUCUUAGGUUUGAAAGGGGGCACUUGAGUCUUCUUAUCUGACCUCUUCCAGGCAGCUUACAUAGCCUCAGGCAUGAUCGCCAGGAUUCCUGAUAUGCUCUGGCUUCGGAGAGUCCCUAGGGAUACCCACUCUGGGGGUGUCGGCAGGACACUGGCUGUGCAUCCCUCUAGAAAGGGGCUUUCAGGAGAGAGAGAGUCCUUGUCUAGGAAGUGCAGGAGAGACAAGUGAAUGAACCGCAUCCAUCCAGCUCUGGGUUUUCUUUAUCCUACCUCCUGGGACUUCUGACCCCCUUUUUCCCAGCUUCAGAUCUUGGGGAGAUCCAUCCAAGGGAAUCAUCCCUCUCCUGCCUCCAUGCCUUGGGUCCCUGAAGAGCUUGGAACCCAAAGCUAGGGCCACCCCUGCACUUAGGGCUUGGCUGAAGGUCUUGUGACUGGUGUUUCCGUGGUCCUUGGUGACAGGAUGUAUGUGCGUGUGUGUGUGUAAGUGUGGGUGUGUGCGUGGUCUGCCCAUCUCUUUAGGGAACUUCGAGGUGGGAGGUGGUAGAUGGAGGGAUAUCAGGUUCUAUGUGACCCAGUAAUGAGAAGAACUAGGAGGUGAGGCCUGAUGGGCCUCAGAUUAGUCAUGUUUUAGUGCUGAUGAUGGAGGGGCCAGUCCCAUGGGAUGAGGCUCUGCGGACCUCUUUCUUGUUGUCUCCUGUCUCCUCAAAUGGCUGAAAACUUAGAGGGUCUUGGUUGUUUUCCAUACCUGGGCCCCUCACAGCAGCAAGGCCACUGAAAGUGCGACACACUCAGCGUGUGUCAGUGUUCACAGCCCAGCCCUCCCUGAGGACCCACAUUUGGCUCGUAUGUGUGUGAGCACAUUGGGGUGUGCAUGAAGUAUCUCCUUAUUUUUUUCCCUUCUAUCAUCCAAAUCAAAUGUAAGAAGUUCCUCACAUCCUGAUUAUCCCAACUAUGCCUCCCAGGCUCUCUUCUGGGAAACCCAUACCCAGAGUCCCUCCCCUGCCCUAGCCCUCGGCUGUGUAUUUAUAGAUGGAAAUAUACUUUAUAUUUUGUAUCAUUGUGCCUAUAGCCUCUGCCACCUUGUAUAAACCCUGAUGUAUGCUAAGUGUUCUGGAUAUGAAUGUAUGUACACUGAUGCUGUCCCCUCUGUACAGCUGCUUGGUCUCUCACGAUCCAUUGUAUGGCUUUAUAAAUGAUAAAGUUAAACACAAACUCA